UGGCGUACCUACCACGAUCGCAGCUGCGACUGGGCGCUCACUGCAGGGGGCCCGGCCGCAGCCACUAACCCUGCGACCAUGGGCCGCCCAGAUGCCACUCCCUCCUUGUUCCCCCAGUCAUAGGGGGACCCAAGAGGUAGCUCGCUGGCCACGUAAUGGAACACCUCGACGG